AGACAAACACGCUAUUCGCUUCGCAAACACCAAAUUCAGAACUAACAACAUCCACAAAACCACUUCAAUUCUUCUCCUAAAUCCCACACAUUCCGGUUUUAGAAGUUAAGUAUAUGUUCUUGAGAAUCAGUUCUCCACCCGUCAAGUAGAUGGCAGAAGAAGAAGAAACCGACGAUAAGUUAAGGAGUUGAUUUUUCUUCAUAUGGGUCAUGCUCUGUUUUUCUUUGAAGAUGUAACGAGGAUUAAGGAUUUGAUUUUGAACUGAAUUUGAAUUUGAAUUUGAAAAUGGGGAGGGGAACUAGAGAAAUAAACCCUGAUUUUUUGAAAAUUGGGCUUGCUGUAACUUUUUCUCUUGGCGGGAUGCUUUUUACUUUUAUCAGAAAUAAAAGGAUCAAACCCUCAAAAUCUCCAUCUGAUCCUUCUAAAUCUCCAGGAAACGAAUCAGGGGGUUCAAAAAGUAUUGAGCGUCAUGCAUCACAUACACGCCAUUUUGAUCCUUUAGCAACUACGGAUAAACAUAUUUUGCAGGAUGAGUUGCAUGAUUCCAGGUUGAAUCCCCAUAAAGACACAUAUCUUCUACCUGAAUUCAUCGACCUCGUGAAAGAAUUUGAUACAACUUCCAUGAAAACCAACACCGAGCUUCCAAAUCCACGUGUCAUAAAAGACAACAACGAGCAAGAAAUCAAAAACCUUCGAAACAUGGUCAAAACCCUAAAAGAACGAGAGAAGAGUCUCGAGAUUCAAUUACUCGAAUACUACGGUCUCAAAGAACAAGAAACUGCAGUCAUGGAGCUUCAAAACCGCCUUAAACUAAACACCAUGGAGGCUAAGCUUUUUAAUCUCAAGAUCGAGUCCUUACAAACUGAAAACAAGAGAUUAGAGGCACAAAUGGUGGAUUAUACGAAGGUUUUAGCGGAUCUUGAAGCAGCAAAAGCGAAAAUUAAAGUUCUGAAGAGUAAACUUCGAGUGGAAACCGCACAGAAUAAGGAACGGAUCUUGAAUCUGCAACAACGAGUUGAAAAAAUGCAGGACGAUGAACACGAAGGUGUUGUUGGGAUUGAUCCAGAUGUUCAAUUAAAGCUCUGUAAAUUGAAGGAUUUGGAAGAUGAAGCUGAGGAAUUGAGGAAGUCGAAUUAUAGUUUGCAGAUUGAAAAAUCCGAGUUGGCUGAAAGAUUGGAGAUGGUUCAGAACCUCACGACAGCUGUCUUAGAAGACGAAGAAACGGAGAGGCUUAAACAAGAACGCGAGCGUUUGAAGCAACAAAACGAAGAUUUAAGCAAAGAAAUCGAGCAACUUCAAGCCGAUAGAUGUGGCGAUGUGGAAGAACUUGUGUAUCUUAGAUGGAUUAACGCUUGCUUAAGGCACGAACUUAGAAAUUAUCAACCGGGACCAGGUAAAACAAUGGCUCGAGAUCUUAGUAAAACAUUGAGCCCUAAAUCGGAGGAAAAAGCUAAACAGCUCAUCCUCGAAUACGCUAACAAAGAAGGAUUUGGGGAAAAUGGCAUGAACAUUCCAGUUCCUGAACUGGAUUCCGAUCAAUGGUCGAGUUCUCAAGCUUCUAUCCUCACGGAUUCCGGCGACCUCGAUGAAUCUCUAAUCGACGAUUCAUCUUCUCGUAAGACCCACAAUAGGUUCUUCGGAAAGCUCAUGAAGCUCUUAAUAGGAAAAGACAGCCAUAGCCCUAACCACCUCCCCCACCUCCACCCUCACCACCACAACCGCCAUCUCAGUCAUAGUAGAAAUUCGUCAGUAGAAGAUAUGAAUUCUUAUAGCGAUUCGUCUUUUGGGCAUUUAGGGAGUUCUUUUAAACACUCUGUGGAUUCUCAAAAGUCGAUUAAUGGGCAUAGUGACGUUGGGGGGUGGAUGUGUAGCAAUAGACGGAUUGAUUCCAUUGCAGAAGGCGAAGGGAUUGGUGGUGGCGGUGGUGAUUCCUCGGAUACACCUUCUUCGUCGGAUGGUAAAAGAUCCGAGCUGGUGAAAUAUGCAGAAGUUUUGAGAGACUCGAAUCCCACUAGAUUUCACCGAAGAUCUGCACAGUUUAGUUCGUUUUGAUCCAUUUAUUCUUCUUUAUAGGUAGCUUAGUUAGAAAUCCAAUAGCUGAUUUUAUAUGCUUACAACAUAGAAACUAGAAAUCACCCUCUUAAACUUAAACUUGUGUUAUAUGUAAAAUAACCCUAGGAAAACCACAAAUUUGAUGUCAAUGGUGUUUUUGACUUUUUGUUUAUCAUUUUAUUGGGGAAUGUAUCAUAGAGUGGAAUUUGUACACGGAAGACUACAACCAAAGUAGA